AAAUAUACCAACCAACACAUCUUACCCGUCCACGCCACAUAAACUAUCACGGCAUCAACUCUCCAGAUCUUCACUCAGCUACGACCUCCCCGAGAGCAAGGCCUAGCGAGAACGGUUCACGGGCGGACUAGGGAGUCGUGCUAGUCUCGCUGUCAACAAACCAACAUCCUCGAGGCCGCACACGCACGCCAAUAUAAAUACCUUGACCGAGACAUGGCACCUGCCACCUUCGAGAGAGUACGACGAGCAGCAGCAGGAGCAGCAGCAGCAGCAACAACAGCAGCAACAACAGCAGCAACAACAGCAGCAACAACAACAACAACAACAACAAUAUCACCUACACCGACGCCGAACCCGACGACCCUCGGCCCCAGUACCACCGCCCUCGUCGUCGUCGCCGUCGUCCUCUGCGCCGCGGCAGCCAUCAUGUCGGCGACGCUAUUCUACCUCUUCGACCGCAAGAAGCACGCCCAGUUCCGCGAGGCGUGCAAGCGGGACCCCUACCUCACGCUCAAGGAGUUCUCGCGGCGGCGCAAGCUCAGCGCCGUCGAGCGCCUCGAGGAGGAGGAGCUGCAGCGCAGCAUCAUGAUCCGCAAGUCGCUCGCCAGCCGCGACCCCUCGAGGCGGAGCAGCUACGAAGAUUUCAGCCUCGCGAGGAUGCAGCAGAACCAGCACCAGCACCAGCAGGAGCAGCACCAGUGCCAGCGCCACCAGCAGCACCAGCAGCAGCUCCAAUACCGACUCCAGCAGGAAUACAACUACGGGGGCCGGCCCGUGUCGGUCUGGAUGCCGCGGAUGAGGUCCGCGUCCGAGUUGUCCGCGUGGUCCUCGUCGGGCUCGUCUGCGUCGUCGAUGCGGCACACCUACACCGAGCCCCAUCCCGGCGUCGAGGUCGAUGUCUCGCUGGCCCCGCGCUCGAGGUCGCCGUCGCCGUCGCCGGUCCGCACGCCGCGGGUCAGGGUGGUCGUGCCGCCGCCCGCCGUGUCGGAGAUGGAGGAGAUUUCCUCUCCGGGACUCUCGAGGCCUUCGGAUGCCCCGGUGCGCCUGUCUUGAAGACGGGUUCACCGAGGCACGAGAGGAGGUUAUGAUGAUUUGAUGACGACGAAGCCCUCAUGAUUAGCAACGUGGAAACUGGCGGUGGGGGGGCCCCUGGACUGCCCUGGUGAAGAAUUCACGUACCUUCUUUGCUUAUUUUCCUUUGUAUUGAUACCCACAACCACAAACCACGACGGAACACACACAUCAAGAAACAUACAUAGCAAUUACUUAUAGUGUUUAUCUAUCUCCAACGUAUCUAUUUUAUAUUUACAUGUAUACCUG